ACGACAAUCAAGGAAUCACCACCAGUAGAAGAAUCUCCAAAGCCUAAAGUGGAACCACCAACGUCGGAAAAUACUCCACCUGCACCUGUCGACAAUACUCCCAAGACCUGGGCACAUCGUGUGGGAGGGGGUUCGAAGCCCGCUGCCACACCUACAGUGGGCAGUGCUCCGCAGAAAUCGUCUCCUGUUCCUGCUGGUGGAAAUGCUGCUGCAACGCAGCGUACUCAACAGAGCGCUCGUCCCCAGGUACAGUCUAAUGGCGGUCCUGUUGCACAAGGAGAACGUCGUAUCUAUCUCGGAGGCAUAAUAAGAAACAUGGUUCCUGAUAAUACUAAUAUUGCAGAGCAAGAGAUCAAGGAUGCCUUCUCAAAGUACGGUGAGGUAGAAUCGGUUGCUAUACCACGCAAAGUCCUCGAUCAGCCAAACGACACAUCUCGAAACGGAUUUGCUUUCAUCUCUAUGAGAACGCCUGCUGACGCACAAAAUGUAUUCCAAAAAGCGCGAAAAGAUGAUCGUGGCAUUUACCAUCUACAACUGUGCCUUGAUGCAUUCGGAUUUGACGGUGAAGUGACGAUUUCUGAGCAGAAAGAUCGCAUUGACCGUCCAGGAGGAGGAUUCCGCGGAGGUCGUGGCGGUUUCAUUCCUCGUGGCGGAGCUGGUUCAUUCACACGUGGAGGCGGCAGAGGUCGCGGAGGUUUUCGUGGUGGUUUCAUCAACCAGAACGCUCACCACUGA